AUGUUUGCACCCAAAAGCCUCUUCUCAUCUCUUCCAUGUCCCGAGUCAUCUUUGUGUUCACGGAACCCUUGCCCAUUCUCCCACAAAGCAAUGGAUGAGCUGCCAAAAUCCGUCUCUCUUGUUUCAAGCUUGCUGGAGUUUAAGCCAGUAGCUGUACCGCCUGUAGAUAGUCGUCCCAAUCAGCGGACUGCAUCAAGCACAACAAGGACAGCCGACACUAUACCCAACUCUGCCUCAAUAGGGACCCUCUCGCGCAAGCGGGGGGCUGACGACGUCCCCGCUUCUUCGAGCAGAGGCACUAUUGAACCACCAAACAAAGUUCAGCGCGUUACAACAAGUUAUCCAACGACUUCGUCUGGGACCCCUAAAAUCACAGCAAAUCCCGCGCGAUCUAAGAUUGCGAUCAACCAGCGCCAGGCCAUGUUGAAUCUUCUGUAUGAUACCUUCCGUCAUCUCUACAUGCGGAUUCUCGCGUCAUCUCCCUCCCUCCCUGGGAAGCAUGCGAUAGCGCAAGAAGAGGAAAUAUACGCCAAGACGAGCCAGAAGACGUAUCGAAAUGAACGGACUUUCUCACUUGCAAUUAUUUCCGCCGUUUCGAGUAUCCAAAAAAGACCACCUCCGGAUUCCAAAUUUCAUCCCUCGAUUGGUACAAUAGCUGAGUGUGCGGAACGUCAGGAGAAAGGCGCCUCAGCAACCCCCAUCGAAAUUCUCCCAUCUCAUUUGUCCACGGUCUUACUCUCACGGCGCGAUAUGGAGACAAUGGGAUACCUCCUAGAUGUGCCACUCGAGGGCAAACUUCCUGAGGUAGGAGGGACUGUAAUGUGCGAACGGUGCAAGAGACUGGAAGGGUCACAAGGCUGCGAUCGCGGACCGCAUGUAUUCAAUGAAAAAGAUACAGAGGCCCUCCAUUCCCGCCAUCCCUUCAUUUCCCUCUCUUCGGAGACCAUAACGAACGACAAGGAGGACAUCCUCGAGGUCUGCUCUAUUGAUUGUGAAAUGAUUUAUACGACUGCAGGAAUGUCCUGCGCUCGUGUCACAAUGGUGGAUGGGAAGGGUGAACUGAUUCUGGAUGAGCUUGUCCGUAUGAACGAAGGUGUUCAUGUGCUAUUUUCAGGCAUCACUUCGCUCGAUAAAGCAGUGUACGAUCUAGACCAUAUACGGGCUGCUCUACGUUCAUAUAUUGGGCCAGAUACGAUCAUAAUUGGACAUGCAUUAGAAAACGACCUGAAGGCGCUUCGUUUAGUUCACCACCGCAUCGUCGAUACGUCCGCUAUUUACGCUCACUCUUCGGGGCUUCCUUAUCGGCGUAGUCUACGGAAUCUCGCAAAGGUAUAUUUGGAUAGGACAAUUCAAUCUGGAGAUGGCUCUACCGGCCAUUCAUCGUUAGAAGAUGCCCGCGCGACGCUCGAUCUGUAA